UCAUUCCAUAUCAAAGCCAUACAAGGAGGGAUACCAACGACACCCUUUGACUGGGUUGAGAUAUGCACUUGAUGACUUUAAACACCAUGACAAUAAUUUGCACAUAACAUUUCCUUCGUAUGGUAUUGCCAUACAACCACCAAAUCCACACCAAUAAUGGAAAUGAAAAAUUCAUACUAAUGACAGUAUCAUUUUCAUCCCCAUUAGCAUGCCACCCAUUCAUUCAUAUUCAUAGCAUUAAAAUUCCAUAUCGGUGAUUUGACAUAACAAAUCAAAGAUAUUAAACACCAGAUCAGCUCAAUUCUUUCAAUUAAAGUACCAUUUCCGUUGACCCUUGCUAAUUUCCAAACAAAUCUUUCCAUUGAUGUACCAUUUACGGUGAUCAUCAAAACAGAGAAUGCGUCAAAAGAAAAAAUUCAAAUAAAGAAGAGAGAUAUUAAAAGAAAGAAAUCACAAAACAAAUCACACCCAUGAUCAGAUUAAGGAUAAUCGAUCAAACACAAGACUCCCACAGAAGGUGAAAGGGACCUUAGAAGAGAGAACAAUUGAAAAUUUGUUCUUGUUUUCCAAUUUUCACUUCAUACCUAGCUAAGACCAAGAUGAUUGGAAAACAAACGUGAAUUGUUUAUUAAUGGGCGCUCAAAAUCCAUGUCUAUAUAUACCAUAGGACUUGUUUAUAUCUGGUCUGUUGAUAUUUUCUAUUGUAUCAUGCAACUCAUUUGUUGGAUUUAGUCAAAAUACCUUUAACGUGCUUCAAUAUGGUGCCAAAGGAGAUGGUACUUCCGAUGAUACACAAGCUUUCUUGGAAGCAUGGAAAGCUUUAUGUGCAGCAAAUCAAGGGACUCCAACCCUUGUGGUGCCAGCUGAACAUACAUUCUUUGUGCGUCAAGCAACUUUCCAAGGUCCUUGCAAGUCUCAAAAUCUUCAUAUUCAGAUUAUGGGAAACAUAAUAGCACCUCAUAGAGAUGCAUGGGGUUCAUGUUCAAAAAGGUGGCUUUAUUUCCUUAACGUACAUGGGAUGACAGUUGAUGGAUCUGGAGUGAUCGAUGGUCGAGGUGAAGCAUGGUGGAGCAAUCUUAAUGGAACUAAAGGAUGUGCUGCGAACGCUCGUCCUACGGCUUUACUAUUUGAAAGAUGUGAUGGACUUCAAUUAAGUGGACUAACUCAUAUAAAUGGGCCAGCAAUGCAUGUCUAUGUAGUCCAUAGUCAAGAUGUAACAAUCUCGCAUAUUAACAUAAGUUCGUCAAAAGAUAGUUACAACACCGAUGGAAUUGAUAUCUCAAACUCAAUUCGAGUUAAUAUUCAUGACUCUAUAAUACAAAGUGGCGAUGAUUGCAUUGCUAUUAAAGGUGGGUCACAAUUCAUCAAUGUCACUCAAGUUACAUGUGGACCUGGGACUCAUGGCAUUAGUGUGGGGAGUUUAGGGGGUGGUGGAGCUGAGGAAUUUGCAGAUCGUGUGAACGUCAGGAAUUGCACAUUCAAUGGAGCUGAUAGUGCAGCAAGAAUCAAGACAUGGCCAGGUGGAAAAGGAUACGCCAAAGCUAUCAUUUUCGAUCAUAUCAUAGUCAAUCAAAUAAGAAACCCUAUAUCUAUUCAACAACAUUACAUGAGAGGUGGAGAACAGAAGGACGCAGUAAAAGUGAGUGAUGUAACAUUUAGUAAUAUCUAUGGAACAUGCAGUGGUGAUGAUGCUAUUUUUCUAGAUUGUGCCAAUAUAGGGUGUGACAAUAUUACCUUGGAACAAAUCAACAUUACCUCAGUUGAUCCAAAGAAGCCAAAUUCUGCAAUAUGCAAUAAUGUUCAAGGCAAAGCAAAUAAUAUUAUUUCACCUCCCUUCCACUGUCUACACCAGUAAAGAGACUUGUAGGCCUCAUAUCACAAAAAAUUAUGUUACACGUAGGCUUAAUUAACAGGUCCCAAUAAGAGUUAAUUGCAUGUUUUGAAUAGAAUAAGGGUGGGGAAACUGAUUUCCUUUAUUCUAAAUCAGUUUGAAUAGAAUAAGGCAAAUAAUAAUAAUAAAAUGUUUUAGUCUUUGAGUUUUUAGCUUGGGUUGAAAAUUUUGUACUGCUAUUUACCUCAAACU